UUAACAAGAUACACACUCAAGUUGACAAAGCCUUUAACAAGAGUUUAAGUAAGUUUAGGAUAUUUUUACAAAAAUAAAAAGUUUCCAGUAACUAGUUUACUGAAUCAAUUAAAAGAAGGGUUAAAUGAAUACAGAAUUUGUUCGUUAGAAAUACAAAAAUAUAUCAGACAGCUGCUGGCGAGAUUCGCUGGGGAAUUCGGUAUUAGGGCUACAAGAGAGAAAAUUCGUAGAAAGGUUUAGAAAAGAUUUUUAAGUUAAGCAAAAUCACUACUUCAAUGUCCAAACCACGCUGGUUAGGCUGUUUAAUUAACAAUAGCCAAAUGAGGUUACCGAAAGUCAUACGCUGAGUAUGAAAAAUGGCACCAUCUGUCUUUCGCAAACCGAAUAGAAGCCAUAGUGAAUUUGGUUGAUAUAGUGGUGCGCCAACACGUAUUAUACUAGCAAACCAUAUCAACAACCAACAGUGGAGUAUCACACCAAAUGGAAAUUUGGAGCAAUAGCAACAACAACAACAACAACUUUAGUAACAACAGACGAGAGAGAGAAAUGUGAUGUGGAAAAAUUUAAGAACUUUGUUGAUGGAAGCAAAUGGAAUUAUACUAGAAAGGAUCGGGAGUACCCACAUUUCCCCCAAUCAAAGAUGGUGUCACUACAGCUUGUGGUGUUACAAGCUUUAUUAUGUUCACUGGUAUACAUAGUGGAUGCCGAAACAAAUAUACUCAAAGCAACCCUGAAAUCCAUUCAUGUAAUCAGUGAUAUUAAAUAUCGAUUUGCUACCACACAAGUGUCCAUGAAGUAUUAUAAUCCAUACAAUUCUGCUGUCCUAGCAGACUUACAUGUAAACAUGCCUCACAAUUCAUUUAUAUCAAAUUUUUCUAUGGAAAUUGAUGGAAAUGUGACUGUGGGAGAAGUAAAAGAAAAAUCGAUUGCUAAGGAUUUUUAUGAACAUGCCAUUGAAACAGGGCAAAGUGCUGGCUAUGUUGAAGUCAAACACCGCUUCACAAAUGUCUUUGAUAUAUCUGUUAAUGUUGAACCACAAAAGUAUAUAGUUUACAACUUGACUUACCAAGAACUUCUGACACGACAGAACAAUAAAUACAGGCACGUCAUUCAUUUGUCCAAUGGUGGAAUUAUUGAUGACUUUUUAGUCGAAGUCUUCAUUGCAGAACCCCAAGACAUUAUUGAUUUAUCUGUUCCAAAAAUUAAAGGUGAUAAAUUAACGACUAUUACUGAUGAUGAAGAGCUGGAGUCUGCUUCAAUCGAGUACAUCAGCAGUAGAGAGGUUUACAUCAAAUACAACCCAAGUCGUAAACAACAAGAGGAAAUAUCAGAGAAAAAUGGUAUUGCAGGUUUACUCAGAGUGGAAUAUGACGUAGAUCGUCAAAAUAAUUCAAAUCUAAUAUAUGCAGUUGAUGGCUACUUUGUGCACUUCUUCACGCCUGAUUCCUUACCAAGUCUUCCAAAACACAUUAUAUUUAUGCUUGAUGUCAGCGGAUCAAUGUCUGGUCGUAAGAUUGAACAAUUGAAAGAAGCUAUGGAAAAUAUCCUUGAUAAGCUCGAUCCAGAGCUUGAUACAUUUCUCAUUGGGAAAUUCAGUAAUAAAGUCUCAUGGAUGAUGAAAACAUUUUUAGCAGCAAACGAAACUAACAAACAAUUAGGUAAAAAUUAUAUUCAGAAACUUGCUGCAUUUGGAGGUACAAACAUUGACGCUGCUCUCCUUGAAAGUAUAGAGAAACAUAAAUCAGUUUUAUCCACCACAAAGAAAAGUAUCAUCAUAUUUCUUACUGACGGCCAAGCAACUUCAGGAGUCAGGGUCGUUGAACUUAUCAAGAAAAAUGUAAAAGAAGCCAACAAAAACGUGUCGCUAUUUACCCUUGGUUUCGGAGAAGAUUGUGAUAGUAAAUUUCUUCGUGAGAUUGCUACAGAAAAUGGAGGCUUUAGUAGGAAGAUCUACGUUGACUCUGACAGUAGACUACAAAUUGAAAAUCUUUAUAAAGAAAUAUCUAACAUUUUAUUAAAGGAUAUUACAUUUGUUUACUUAGAUGGUGCUGUUAAAACUAGUUCUACGUCAUUUAGCAGCUACUUCAAAGGGUCAGAAUUAGUUGUUUCGGGUGCUUUGUCGCAAGAAUACCAACCAACUAUAAAUGUGAGUUUAACAAUGACAAACUGCUGGGGGAUUGAUAACGAAAUAUUAGAACUAGAAUUAUAUGGAGAUAACUUUAUCAUAUACCAUGAUGGUUUUUCGCAAAAUUCCACUUUGACUAAUAUUCAAUCAUUUUCUGAAAUUACCGAAAAGACUUAUGCUUAUCUUACGUUGAGACAACUUCUCAAAGAAGAUAGAACUACAAAAGUGAGAAAAGAUAUUCUUGAUCUAGCACUCAAGUAUAAAUUUGUCACACCAUUAACGUCAAUGGUUGUCACCAGAUCCAGAAUUAAAGAGAAACUUUUUGAAGAAGAUGAAUUUCAAGAUUUAAUGCCCACAAUUGCAGCUUUAUAUAUGGAAGGAAUAAAAUGAUGUAAAACAGUGCAA